ACAAUCCCCAACGAUGUUGCUGCUAGCACCUCCUCUACUGUCUCAGUGAUUGGAUAUGAGGCUAUGCGUGUGAGCGCAUGUGCGGCGACAAUCUCAUUCUCAAAGAAAAGGGGAAAACUGUAGAAGAACACCGACGAUUAACAGCCUUCGCCAACAGAGUCUCGAAAUCAACACCCUCGGCGGAAAAUGCAACCGCGGCAUGUCGGUCCCCGACUCCGUCUCCCUCCUCCUCGACAAGCCCCUCUCCGAGGAAGAGUACUUCCAAGCCGCCACCCUCGGCUGGAUGACGGAGCUUCUCCAGGCCUUCUUCCUCGUCUCGGACGACAUCAUGGACAGCUCCAUCACCCGCCGCGGCAAGCCCUGCUGGUACCGCCAUGAAGGCGUCGGCAUGGUCGCCAUCAACGACGCCUUCAUGCUCGAGGCCGCAAUCUACACCCUCCUCAAGAAAUUCUUCCGCGAGCACGCCUCCUACGUCGACCUCCUCGAGCUCUUCCACGAAGUCACCUUCCAGACCGAGCUCGGCCAGCUCUGCGACCUCCUCACCGCCCCGGAGGAAAAAGUUAACCUCGACAACUUCUCCAUGGAGAAGUACCGCUUCAUCGUCGUCUACAAGACGGCCUACUACUCCUUCUACCUCCCCGUCGCCCUCGCCCUCCACUGCCUCAACAUCGCCACCCCCAAGAACCUCAAGCAGGCCGAAGAUAUCCUCAUCCCCCUCGGCGAGUACUUCCAGAUCCAGGACGACUACCUCGACAACUUUGGCCUGCCCGAGCACAUUGGCAAGAUCGGCACCGACAUCAUGGACAACAAGUGCAGCUGGCUCGUCAACCAGGCCCUCGCCAUCGCCACCCCCGAACAGCGCACCAUCCUCGAGGAGAACUACGGCCAAAAGGACAAGGCCAAGGAGGCCGUCAUCAAGAAGCUCUUUGACGACAUGGAGCUCAAGCGCCGCUUCGAAGAGUUUGAGGAGAAGCGUGCCGGCGAGAUCAAGGACAUGAUUAACAACAUUGACGAGAGCGAGGGCCUCAAGAAGGGCAUCUUUGAAAUCUUCUUGGCCAAGAUCUACAAGCGCUCCAAAUAGACUUACGACAAAAGUAUAGUUACUAAUGCAAGGGGGGCAGGCGCGCGUGUAUUUGGCGCGGCAUCAUGUUACAAAGUCAGGAGCGGAUUCUGCAUGUGGAACAUUUUGGAGAAGAAAAAGAAGAAAGACAGAUACCAGAGUCCAAUUGAUUGACGAUGAUGACACCAACCCAAACAAUAGAACUGUUAGAAAGCAUGAAAAAAAUAAAUCCGUAUUAAGAGUAAAACAAAGGAAAAUGUCCCUGACUAUGGGGUACCUAGUAAGG